CGUUGGGGGGAGAGAGAAAGAGAGAAGCUACACCGGUCUAACUCCUGCCUGCAGCCAAAAGUACCACAGCAGCAUCCGUUCAAGAGAUCGGGGUGUGUGGCUGCAAAGACCCCCUCCCCUUUCCUCCCCAAUGGAGGCCUGAAGCCGUUUGUCCCUUCUUUCCCCGAGAAUGAGAUCCCAAGGGUUAAAUCAACAGAGCUGCAUUUGCACAGAGAGGCCUGGACAGCUGAGAAGGAAGCUGCCCAUGGCCUUUUCCUGUAGCUGAUAUUAAACUGGGUGGUUUGUGGUGCUUCCUACCCCCUCGUGGAUUUUUUAAAAUAUAUAUAUACAUAUAUAUAAAUAUUGCUAGCCUCUGGGCAAUUUGGACUGCAGAGAUUUCUUGAAAAGGAGGUUGCAUCACCAAGGCGGCGGCUGGCUGGUGCAGGGAAAGAGAAAGAGAACGCUUUUGAGUGACGCCGCAGCGAUUUUUCUGCAAAAUGGAGAACUGGGUUCAGGAUCGAGGGCCAGAGAUCUGUGCUCAGGUUGUGGCCCUGGCAGAGGAUUUCCUACUGAGGCAGCAGGAGAAAGAGAGAUGGGGCAUGCAGGCAUUGGUCACAGACCUUUCUGAUACUGAGCUGCCUCCCUCAGACACUGAGCAGGAGCAGAGCUUAAAGCAGGAAGAUGAGGACACGGUUUCACUCGCAGGUGAUGGAAAGGUGAGUGAGACAGAGGAGGACGACAACCUUGUGCAGGAAGAUUCUGAGGCAGACAGCGCAUCUCUUGGAGGAGACAACUGGGACAUCCUUGAGACGGGAGAAACAUCUGGAAGCCGCCAGGGCUCAGAUGGCCACAAGAAACAGAAGGACAUCCCUAUUCCGCCUUAUGACCAGGACCCCUGGGAUCUGAAAGAGCCCAGGAUCCGGGCAAGGAUCUACAACUAUGGGGGGUUGAAGAUGUGCAUGGACUGUGGGAAAACCUUCAAGCAGAGCUCGAGCUUGUACAGGCACCGGAGACUUCACACUGGAGAGAAACCGUACGGCUGCCCAGAGUGUGGCAAAAGUUUCAGCCGGAAGUCCCACCUCAUUGCACACGAGAGAACCCACACAGGGGAGAAGCCCUACGACUGCGCAGAGUGCGGCAAGAGCUUCAGCCGGAAGUCCCACCUAAUCACGCAUGAGAGGAUCCACACAGGGGAGAAGCCAUACAAAUGUGGGGAGUGCGGGAAAUGCUUCAGCCAGAGCUCAGCCCUCGUGGCCCAUGAGAGGUCCCACACCGGUGAGAAACCCUUCACCUGCCCGGACUGCGGGAAGAACUUUCACCGGAGGUCGGGCCUUUCGGCACACGAGAGGACCCACACGGGAGAGAAGCCGUACAAAUGCACAGAAUGUGGGAAGAGUUUCAGCCAGAGCUCGGGCCUUUUGGCCCAUGAGAGGACCCAUACUGGAGAGAAGCCGUACCGGUGCACCGAGUGCGGGAAAAGCUUCUGCGAACGCACAGCUCUCGUUAGACAUUUGAGAACCCACACGGGGGAGAAACCAUACACGUGCGCAGAGUGUGGGAAGAGCUUCAGCCAGAGCUCGGGUCUCCUGGCACACGAGCGCACCCACACAGGAGAGAAACCGUACAAAUGUUCUGACUGUGGGAAGAGCUUUGGGCACCGCUCUGACCUUCUACGACAUCAGAGAAUCCUCAAAAGAGGGAAGCCAUAUAAAUGCUCUGAGUGCGGGAAAUGUUUUGGCCGGGGCUCCGAUCUCCUCCAGCACCAGCAAAUCCACACAGGGGAGAAGCCAUAUAAAUGCUCCCACUGUGGGAAGUGUUUCAGCUGGCGGUCAAAUCUUAUUAAGCAUGAGAGAAUCCACACAAAGGUGAAAACUUACAAAUGCGCAGCCUGGACCCUGCAGGGCCGGAACUCAAAAGAGCUUGAAGGCAAAGAGUCUCAUUUCCUGACAGCUGGGACCAGAGGGGAAUUUGUGACUCAGCCGCUUCUGCGGCAUAUUAAGCAGGAUCUGCAAGGGGAGCGUUUACGGAACUGGGAUGUUCGAUGGGAAGCGUAUUUGAAGAAAAUGGAGUCUCCACUGGUCCCCCAUUCAAGGAAGAAUAGGAAGCCAUUCCCGGGCUCCCUUGUUGCAGUAGCUGAUGACACCCAUGGGACUGAAGGAAAGGAAGCAAGCCUCCGUCAAGCCCAAGAAGCCUCAGGAAACCUCUAUUCUCUUGUGAAAGUGAAGGAAGAGAUUGUGGACAAGGGUGCCAUCAUCCAAUUCUGCUACCAGGAGGCUGAGGAACCUCGCCAGGGACCCAAGCCUUUAAACGAUGUGGUUGUUAGUCUCCCCAAGUCAAAGCAGGUACCAUUACACAUAGCGAAGGUGGAACCCACCAUGGAAGUCGAGCAGGAAGCUGACAGGAAGGCCAACUUACUAGUGUGGAAGAAUGAGGAGACAGAAGAAUCCGAACUCUCAAGCCUUGGAAGAAGAUGGUUGAGCACAACCCAAGAGAGAGACUUCCAGAUUGCUGAGCCAGAAGAGACCCCUGGAUGUCAGUUGGACCCAGAAGAACACUGUGGGAAGCAUCCAGAGAAGGCAACCGAAGAGGUCUCUUUCUGUGAGAGGGGUGAUAGAGGACUGUCUCAAAGUACCUUCCAAAAUGGAAGCCACAGCAGGCAUAGGAGGAAAAUGAGAGCCACUGAGGGCAGCAGAAAUCUCCGCCAAAACACUGACUCCCUUGAAAGUAUGGAAGUAGAAAGGGAGGGCAAGCCUUAUGCAUGUAUUUACUGCGGGAGAAGUUUCAACGAGAGUUCAUCUUUAAUUAUACACCAGAGAGUCCACGCGGGAGAGAGGCCCUACAAAUGUUCAGAUUGCGGGGAAAGCUUUGCAGAGAGAGGAGACUUUAGGAAGCACACUGUGGCUCACAUGGAUGACAAGCCAUACGAAUGCUCGCACUGUGGGAAAAGUUUCCACAGCAACUCUCACCUCCGAGCACAUACGAGAAUCCACACUGGGGAGAAACCCUUCGACUGCACUCACUGUGGAAAGACUUUCGGCACUAGCUCACAUCUGAAGAGGCAUGUUCGGGUGCACACCGGGGAGAGCCCUUUCACGUGCACCGAGUGCGGGAAACGCUUCACUCAGAAGCCGUCCCUUAUUAAACACAAGAGAACCCACACGGGAGAGAAGCCUUACGAAUGCCCUGAGUGUGGCAAGAGCUACCGAGAUAGCUCUUGCCUGCUGAGGCACAUCAGGGCCCACACGGGUGAGAAACCCUAUCAGUGCUCACGGUGCAAGAACCGGUUCAUCCAGAAAUCAGAUCUCAUCCGGCACGAGGGGACGCACACCGGAGAGAAACCAUAUGAGUGCUUGGUGUGCGGGAAAGCCUUCGGUCAGAAAGGGUCACUUGUGAAACACGAGGGCAUGCACAUGGGGAAGAAUCUCUAUGAAUGCUUGGACUGUGGGAAGAGUUUCAGCCGGAAACAAUCUCUGGUUAGGCACAAGAGGACUCACGUGGGAGAAAGACCGUACAAAUGCACUGUUUGCGGCAAAGGUUUCAGCACUGGUGCUUACCUGGCAAUACAUGAAAGAGUACAUACUGGGGAGAAGCCAUACAGGUGCUUGGAGUGCGGGAAAAGCUUCUGUCGGAAACCAUCCCUUGUUACGCACAAGAGAAGCCAUACGGAAGAGAAGCUGAAUGGCUGCUCGAUGUAAGGCCUCAUCUGCACCAGGCCUUUAAAGCAAUUGAACGGUUUCGCCACAAAAAAUCCUUGGAACUCUAGUUUGUGAAGGGUGCUGAAAGCUUUUAGGAGGCCCCUAAUUCUCCUCGCAGGCCUCAGAUUCCCAGAGUGGCUUUAAAAAUAGGUCCCUUUUCCCAGGGAACUCUGGGAAUUGUAGCUGUGAGGGGAAUCUCUAACAACUCUCAGUCAGCA